GCAGGCGACAUGACAGGGGAAGUUAUAUUUCUCAUAUUUGCAUAAACAGGCGUUUCGACGCCAGUGUUUUCAUGUCAGUAAGAAAGAGUGUGUCGUGGUGCAGUUGUGAGGACAGGCGGCACAUGGGCUUCUGCACUUCAUACAUUGUUAGAUCAUGUUCACUGUAAAGAUUAAGCGUGUUUGACGGGGCCACGCGUUUCUUCCUGGUCUGGGACGGUGAUAGGAGUGCACCGACGCACGGGGAAAGUAAAACUAUCGUACGUGAGUUUAAAGGCUGAGAUGGACCACAACUCCACACUGCACACGCCACAGAACAAGGUUGACAAAAGAUUAUCUGACAUUUCAGAAACUUCAGAUAAGGUAGCAGAGAGGGCCAUCAGAAGAGUCCGAAGUCCAUCUAGACCAAGGGCGUGGCUUUCCCGUUCCUAUAAACCCAAACUAUCAGGGAAAUUUCACAAGUUUGGCAGAGAGGAUCAUGCCGUCCAUAAAUCUGGUUUUGUGAAUAAUCAGAGAUGGACAAAGUUCAAGUCCAAGUUUUAUUUCAAUCGCCGACCAAAUUAUAAACCACAUGCUCCUGCAGACAGAGACCGGGAGGAGAGAUAUGAGGAGAGGAAGAGUGUGGAAGGCAACUCACCAUCCAAACAGAAUAGUACCAGAGCUUUCCAGCCAAGAUCUAGUUCCAGCAGAGACAAAGAUCAGCAUUCUGGCUCAAAGAGUGACAAGAGCCAGAGUCGAGAGAGGGACCACAGAGCCAACAGAAGCAGAGAUCCAGACACAGAUCAGUCCUCUGUGAAGCAGGCUGCGGCGCGGGAUAGAGCCAUUCAGAAGAAGAGGAAAGAGAUAGAUGAGGUGUACUACCAGGAGUGUGAGAUGUUUGGUUUGGUGGUGAAGAUGCUGAUUGCAAAGGACCCAUCUCUGGAGGUCCCAAUCCAGGCCUCGCUGCGGCAGAACCUGCGGGACAUUGGUGCUCGCUGUGUGCAGGCCAUGGAGAAGUUUAUAGCAGACUACGACUCCAGGGAGCUGUCUCUCUAAUAGGACAUAUAAGCUCCAGUUAAACGGCUGAUUACUACUGUUUCCACUGAUGAAUUGUGAGGACUUUAUGUACCCUUAUUUCUUGCUUCUGAAAAUGUUGCUUUCAUUUCGAAUGUAACUCAAAAUGCACUGGCUGUAUGCCUUUUAUAUGCAGAUGAUUCUUGUUGUUUGCAGUUGAAUCUAUAUAUUUUGUUUAUUGUAAGUGAAAUUAUUGUUUAUUCUUGUAAAAUAAAUGAAACUAUACUGACUUUU